AUGGGUUGGUUGCUGGGUCAAAUUCACCUGCUUGAGACCGCUAAUACUGCAUUCUCUUCCAAAUGGAAGUAUAUUGGUAUUUUCAUCGGCUUGAUUAGCCGUCGUGCACUAGAAUAUGUCACGGAAGUUACGAGACAUCGAGACGAAUAUCAGGCCCAACGGACAGUCCAGGCCAUAGCACCAUAG